AUGGACAAAUCCGUGCUGGACUUGGAGGAGAUUCUGGGGCCCCGCGAUGAGCAGCUUCUGCAGAAAUUAUCGGCUCACGAGCCUGCAAUACUUGACGAAGUCGUGAAUUACCAUCUUGCUCGUGUAGGGUGCACCACAACGGACACUGCAGCGACACGCCUACUAUCGGUAGCUGUCCAAGUUGUGUUUGAGAAAGCGAUCGAUGAAGCAAAGUUGAUACAUGCAACAUCGCGAGGCGACGUUUCAUCCGGCAGCCGUCGGACAGAUGGAGCCAGUGGCGCCCAGGGUCGCGCUACUCAUCGCAGAUAUGGUCAUCUGGAGGAUUCUACGGCCACAGCCAUAGGGUCAACAUCAGCACUCAGUGAGGUAAAGGAGCUGGACGUUGAAUCUCUGUGCAAGGCGCUGCAAAGAAAUGGCACACUGCCAGUGGGACCUACCUUUGACUUACUACUACAGCCCCUUGGACAAGAAAAAGGAAAACUCAGUUCUUGA